AUGGGAGCAGUGGAGGAGUCCGAUAGAGUGGUUUGGCCUUGGAGUUCUGAUAGGCUUUAUUCUAUCAAGUCAGGAUACCACUUUUUACGUUCCAGAGAGCACAACGAUUCUAGUAUGGGCCAAUCUUCCCACAUGAUCCCCGACUUGGUAUGGAAACUUAUAUGGAAUUUGAAAACUCUCCCUAAGAUCAAGCUCUUUUGCUGGAGGGUUCUCAACAAAACCGUAGCAACGAGAUUAGAAUUGUACAAAAAGCAUUGUGCCUCAUCCCCCUUGUGCCCCAUCUGUGAACAAGCUGAGGAGUCUAUUGAACACACCUUAUUCCUAUGCCCCUGGACUCAUACCGUGUGGUUUGGUUCCCCUCUCAGUUACAGGGUAGACUCUCAAGGGUUUACAACUUCAGAUGAGUGGUUCCAAAAUAUGUCAAGAGAUCUUCCCCGGGGUGAGAAGGAGAGAAUCCUUACCAUUGUGAGCUUUUUCCUAUGGGAGAUAUGGAAAACUUGGUGCAAAGUCAUUUUUGAAGGCCAGAAGAUUGAUCCUCUCAAGGUGAUUAACAAUGCAAAUAAAGCUGCUUAUGAAUAUCAGGCUGCAACGGUUAAAAUUGUUGGGCAAAGUAGUGUCCGCAAUAACGGUCUUGCUCCUUGGUGCCCUCCAAGAUCGGGUUUUAUUAAAGUUAAUGUCGAUGGAGCGUGGAAAGACGCUGCUAGUUCUGCAUGUUUUGGGGUGAUCCUACGUGACUCAUCCGGUGCAUUCUGCGGUGGAACAGCAGCUCCCAACUUGUGUGAAUCGGCUCUUAUGUCUAAAGCUGAAGCGGCUCUAUCUGGUUUGAAGCUGGCUGCUCAGUUUGGGCAUUAG